AUGGGUGAUAUACUUUGCGUAGCAUACGUACCACCUGUCCAAAACACAUGUCCGAUAAAUCAUCACGUUUAUUUUGAUAAAGGAAAUUGUGGGGUGAAGAAAAUCGAUCACAUAUCUUUUGGUUGGUCUGUCCAAAUUGCCCUAUGCGCAACUGGCGCUUUCUUCUCUCAAGCUCUCGUUGCUACACCCAGGUCUAACGGUUCACCUCCUUGUCGAGACCGGCCAAGGAAUGUUCGUCACGUGAAGAACAGGUUGAUGAAAUCUUUUGGAGGCGAUUUGAAAAGAACUUCUUGGGGAUUAUUUUUGGUUGCUGCUACGUGGCUACAUGCAAUCGCGGUAAAACUCGUAGGAUUGGACAGAGAUGUGGACAAGAAAUGGUCGAGG